UCUGAACUGUACUCUUUGUGUAAUGGAGUUUUUAUUUAUAUUUUUAUAUUCUUUAUGGAGUCUAAUUAGCUGCCUGAGCAUUAAAUAUCGCAACUUGAGACUGUAAAGUGGGAAAGUUUUUAUUUUGUUUCUUGGUUUUGGCUGAAAUCGCAUGGAUUUGUUUCUGGGAUCAUGGCUUGUAGACUUUAAAUUAAGAGGGCAUUGUUUGUUUUCGAAUAUACUGAUCAAACUCUGGGUUAAAACUUUCAUUUUUACUCUACAAAUAGCAUCUUUUCUACAUGUGAAUAUUAGUUGAAAAUUAACAAAAUUAAUCUUUUAUUUAAUCUGUGACAUUUUAAUCUAGUCUUGUAAUAUUUUGAAAAAUGAAAUCUUGGCUUGGCUAUAAUAUUAUUUAGGAUUAACACAUUAAAUUUUAUUUUUUUAUUUUUUAAACUUUUUUAUGUGAUCUUUAUGCAUCAGUUGUGCACUUUGAAGUCAGCAAAUGAUAUAGAUUACAAAGAUUCUACUUGCUUUCCCUUUUUUUCAUGUGUUUGUAAUGGGGUUAGGUUUGAUUUGAGCUGCUCAAACUCGAAUUCGAUCUCAGAUCAAACAAGCUAAGUUUGAGUCAAUUCGAUUAUUUGACGUCAAAUAUGCUCGGAUUAAUUCUAAAAUUAAAUUAUUUUCGUGUUGAAUCCAAACCCAACUCAUCAAUUUUAAACCAAUCUCGAGCUAACUUUUUUGGAUUCAAACUAGGCCUUGUUCAAGCGCAACCUUGGAUCGAAUCCAACCCUAGUUUGUAAAAGGAAAUGUGAUUAACUAGCGUUCAGUCACACUAAAAUUGAUGUUUUUUGAAGUUUACAGUUCAAACCUUAAAAUAGUUUGCCUUUUUAAAUUAAUUUGCUUUUGAAUGUUAUCUAUGAAUUCUAUGCAUUGCCUUUAUAAGUGAAGAGUUUCUGGGAUUGCAUUGAGUUUAAGGUAGACCUUGCUGGUUGUUUCUACUAAGAACCUGAAAAUAUACCAUUGAAGUUGUGGAACAUAAGAGUUUACUCCUGUGGCUCAUAAGCUCAUGUUUACAGUUUCCAGAUAGAAGAUUUUCAAUUGUUCCCACUCUCUGAUGAGUCAUAUCACACUUAACAUGAAUUACGCAUUUAUUCAAAUCUAUUUUGAACACAAGUGGAAGAUUGAUUUUAGGUUUUGUCUGUAAUUACUCGUAUAUCAUUCACUUUUUCAUUUGACAACAAUAGGUAGCAUGUUUAAUUUCUAGUUAGUCAUAUCAUCAAUUUCCCUCUUUUGAUUGGAAUUCUAAACAAGUUUGGACUCCUGUUUGUGAUUUCUUAUAUGAGUUUGUUUGCUUUUCCAGAAUCUACUUUUCACUCCAUAAGUGUGGUAGCAGUAAAUUCAUUGGUCUGAUUUGCUAUUUGGCUUUCACGGUAGUUUAUUCUGUCCAUUAGUGCCAUUAUGUUUUGACCAAUACUGGACUGCUAGAUAUCAUCUUAUCUCAAUGAAGUUACAGAGGAUGUCUUGCAACAGUGUCCAUGAUGCAUUGAGUUCUGAUGACAUCUUGUGUGACAUCCUCCUUCGAUUGCCGCCAGAAUCUGUUUUCAAAUUCAUACUUGUAUCAAAGAGGUGGCUUAAGUGUAUCUGCAGCUAUGUUUUUCGUCAGAGUUACUUGAGACGAUGGAAAGUAAAUUCUCGCCUCUUGGGCUUCUUUGUCUGUAAUUCCUUGUACCUUGGAAGACGUCCAGGUGGCCUACGUCGCACCCCAUCAGAACCUGCAAUUCUUUUUUUGUCAACUUGUCAAGAGGGUGAUGACCUAAAGUAUUCAGGGACCCUCAAACGGCUUGGUUACUUCAUUGACUCUUCCAAUGGUCUUCUUCUUUGUGGCCGCCAUCCAAAGAGCUACUAUGUUUGGGAUCCAGUUACCAAACAACAGCACAAGCUCCCUCGUCCACGAGUUUACUUUGAAGAAUUGUGCAUGGCAUUCAUUGCUGAGGACUCUCCUGAUGAUUCUAUGUGCUACAAGGUCAUUCGUGCAAAAUGUGAAUGUAAACUUAAUGAAGUCAAUACUGUCACCAUUGAGACUUUCUGUUCAAAGACUACCACAUGGUAUUAUUCAAUACUCUCUUGCACUUCAACGUUAUCAUUAUGUCCUUGGACAGUUGCCACUGUGAUUAGAGGUGUCAUACACUGGUUUGCAAUGAGGGGAAAUAUAGCCAUUUAUGACCAGGAACAAGAAGAGAGGCAUAUUGUCGUAAUUCAACUACCAGGGUCAUAUGACUUUGAUGAGCAAAUUCUUGGUGAGUCUUCUGAUGGGCUUUUGCAGUAUGGUAUGAGUUGUAAGUCAGGCAUGGAGAUAUGGGUUCUUGAAAAUGAAAUAGAUGACCGCACAUCCCUUAACUCAUGCGAUGCAAAUCUCAAAACUAGAUGGACCUUGAGAUAUAGAUUGAAUUUCAAGACGAUGUGGAAGAAUAAUCCAAGAGUUAUGACAGCCUACAAAACAUGUUCUAAAUCUAAAGAAACUCAAGUAGUGUCAUUUCUUUAUCAGAAUUCAGAAUCUGUUUACAUAAGAGCAGGAGAUAACAUAUUUCUUUGUCAUCUUCAGAGUAAAGAAGUGGAAGUGGUCCAAUAUGAUGGUCGUAGCUCCUCCAUUGUUUGGGAUUUCAGCAAAGUAGUGCCUUACUUCAAGCCAGCUUGGCCACAUUCUUCUUUGCUAUAACAGGAUUAUCAAUCAAGUUUGUGGCUUUUGUUGAGCAUUUUAUUUAAAUAAAUUACGAUGUUCAAACUAUAUCCGGUAGAGCUUCAGCUGUAACUUUUGAUGUUCAAGAGUUUAUGUGAAUGAAUGUUAGCUUUUCCUGUACGGUAGAUGUUGUUGUAGUUUUGGGCAUCCUUAUUAUGUCUCUGCUUUUUCUGGGAUGGAUUUGUUGUCUGUAGUUAUUCUACCAGCAUCUACUUUAUUUUUACUUCAUUUUA